AUGCACCACCGGCCUAUCCGCCGAGCUAUCCUCAAGGAUACCCUCCUGGCCCUACACACGCCCCACCAGGCUAUGCCAGUUAUGCACCGCCUCCGGCCGGCUACUAUCCACCGGGCUACCCAGCCCCGGCCUGUGCCGCACCGCCAGGCUACCAUCCGUAUCCGCACCCGCCACAUCUCGGAGCUCCAGACGAGCGAGCAGAGAGGGCGAGAUCUCGAUCGCGAGAUAGAGGUGAGAACGGCCGCCGACGGGGUGGAGGCGGAGGUGGCAGCGAAUGUUACUGCUGUGGCGAGUCAGGCCAUCUGGCUCGGGACUGUCCAAACAAGGGCAAAGAAGGCUUUCGAGAAAUGUGUGGAGAUCUCAGUUGGCUCCAGUCCAAGCAUGGAAAGCAGCAUCUGUCACCAAGCGAAGGGUCAGCUGAGAAGCAAAAAGAACCACAAUUCACUGCCUUUGCUGUUCUCUAGCCGCUCUAGCCGGUGUCGUGCUCACGAGGGAGACGGCCGCCCGCUCAAAGUAACCCAGGAAACAUGCUGCAUACUCUUCGCAUGCGUGAAGGGUCGCGAGGAAAUGAGAAUCUUGUCUAAACACUUCCCUGCAUUGCAUCGUGCCCCACAUCUCAGGUGGUGA